CACGAUAUCGAAAACGAAAUGGUGUUUCAAAAUAACUCGGGAUUCAUCUUUCACGAUUCACGCGGUUUCGAAGCAGGCGGUGAGUCUGAGUACGACAAGGUGAACACAUUUAUCGUGGACCGCUCGAAGAAAACAGAUAUCAAGGAUCGAAUUCACACUAUAUGGUACUGUAUCCCAAUGGAUGAGGAAAGCAGAUCUUUCACCCAAGCCGAACUCAGGUUUUUCUCCCACUGUGACACCGGGAGCAUCCCAGUGAUCGUCAUAUUCACGAAAUUCGAUGCCCUUUACGACGUCGCAUUCGCACGACUAAGAAAGGAAGGAAAAUCGAGGACAGAUGCCAAAGCACUGGCCCCGAGGCACGCCGAGGAGACUUUUGCAAACGGGAUGCAAUUGAAGUUCCUGUACCACUCCAACAGGCCAUAG